AUGCCUUGCAAUGCAGCGCUCUUUUCUACGUUUCUUCUACUGCCUUACGCCGCGGCGCUGAAGCAGCAAACCAACCAGCAGGUCGAGCAUCGGGCUGAGGGAUAUGAGACUCGGCCGAAAAAGUCUUUUACGAUGCCAGCUCAGCCGUUGCCAGUUGCGCCGCAAAUUCCGGAUUAUCUAAACGGGCACAAUAUACUGUUGUUCGGUGAUUCCAACGAGCGAAUUUUCAUACAGUUCUUGUGCGAAACGUAUGGUGCGGAAGUGCAGGUUGUGAAUACAGCGACGUGCAAGAACCAGCUACUUGAAUUUCCAUUCUACAAGGAAUCGAACCCGUACCCGGCUGCCUACAGAUUCUGCCACAUUCCCAAACGCAAUAUUUCGGUUAUGUCCGCCUUCCAUAAUGGAGUAUUGACCACAGGUUCGCAUGAGCGUUGGCAUGCCCACGUCAUAACAAGCGAAACUAGCGAGCACGCAAAAGCAGACAUUCCGCAUGUAAAUGGCACGACAACGGUUGUUUCUUCUGCUGACUUGGUUUGUUUUUGGACAUCGGCAGUCGCAAGCAAUUUGCCGGAACGCCCUGUGAAAGUGGUUGUGCAGUCGUCUCUAUGGGACAGCGUUAUGGCCAAGAAAUUUUUGGAGGAAGGGAGCUGGGAUGCGGAUACGAUCCAACGGAAGCUGUCAUCAUGGGGCUCUGGCUGGAAUAUCUCGGACAGCCCGCAUUCUGCCUUGAAAGCUUGGGGUUGGAUGGAGCACGUCGAGUUGCUUCUCAGAGCUGUGCAGAUUGGAUUCGGAGUCCAAGAACUGUAUUGGCGGACCAACCCGAAUUGUCCAGUGGAUGAUGCGUUCGUGAACGGCCUGAGUGAAGCACAGGCUGCAGAGAUGCGCCAAAGGGUCGAUCACGGUAAAGGCAUUUGGACGGCAGUGAGCUUGAUCGAUUGGCGCAUGCAUUACAGGGCGGGCGACAACACGGCAUGCGACUUUAUACAUUACCGGACAGAGGGCUACAAGGCGUACCUCGAUCUGCUGUGGGCCCGCCUUGCGGGCGAGGCUCCUUGA